AUGCCACGCCACGUCUUGGUAGAUAUCGUCAACGAGUUACAGUACGGCAUACGACCUCACACGGAAAUUGUGUCGCUAUGGUUGCCGCGCAUCGAUCUACUUACCGCACUCAAGUUGCAGAUGAACGAGACGACUAUACCUACAACGAAUAGCAACCUUCGAUCGGAUUCAUCCGACGUCGAAGGUGAAGACAGAGUUAACCCUACCUGGGUUGUGAAGAAGAUCUGCCCAUCCACCCGAUACUUAGCCAACAUGUUGCUGCAGAAGCUCCACGAAAACACUGUGGUCGCGUUCAAGACCUUGAGGCUCGACAAAGCUGGCGCGAACCUCGAAGAUAAUCCAACCUUCCUCCAUUGGUUGGCGCACGUGGAGAAGUUCAAGGCCAAGAUGGAGUGGUAUUGGUUCAACGACUACAGAGUAUUCAACUUGCUGCAGGUGAUCGAUGUCAAACCCACCACAAAUUUUUUUUUUAAAAAUUCUUUUUUCGUUGCGUUUCUGAGCUCAUCAGUAAAGUUUUGGGCAUUGCCGCCAAAACGUUCGAUUAUUUGUUUGGUUCAAAUCCGCCGGAGUGGUGAACGAAACCCGACGUCGCUGCUAAUUCAGUACCAGGGUCAUUCUUAA